AGACGUGAAGAAGAGACGGAGAGAAAAUUGUCUCCAUAAAUAUUUCCCUCCAGUUCUUUUCCUCCAGCGGCGGCGGCGGUGCUGGUGGGGGCGGAGGAAAGGUGAGAGAGAGAUGGAGAGAAAGAGAGAGUGAGAGUGACAGAGAGAGAGGAAGAGAGUGGAGAGAAAAGGUUGUGAUGGUGGUUGUCGUCCAUUGAUUCUCUCCAAGACGGAGACAUCAAGAGGAAGAUCAGCAGCAGAGUAGUUAUCAUGCAUUAACUACCACUACUACUACUACUACUACUACUACUACUGCUGCUACUACUACUAUGAGCACUACUACUACUACCACUACUACCACUACUACCACUACUACUACCGCUGCUGUUAUAGAGAGUAGUAGACCUCAUCCAUUUCUUCCCUCUUACCUACUUGAUGGCGUGGACACGGGAGGAGGUGGAGGAGGAGGAGGAGGAGGAGGAGGAGGAGGAGGUGGAGGAGGAGGAGGAGGAGGAGGAGGAGGAGGAGAUAAGAUGGAGAAGAAUGUGAAGAUUCAUUUUAAUUCUUCUUUCAACGUCGUCAAAUAUGGAGAGGAACUGACAUAAGGGAUCCAGAUGUGAAGGGUAUCAUUGGUGUGGUGAUCAGCCGUCAGAGUGGUGGUGGUGAACGAGAGUACACCAAUAUGUUUGCCCUGCGCCUUAGGAACAUCAUCACCAGGGAGGUCAACUGGCUACACCACGACCUUACCAUGGCACAGGUGGAGAGCCGGUACCCUAACCUGCGUGGGGAGGACACCCGUUUAGAGCUGCGAGUUAGGUACAUUCUGGGUGACCUGCCACUUCUCUACAGCAAAGACCGACACACCUUCAACUUCUUCUAUGAGCAGGUGAAAAGUGACUACCUGGAGGAUGAGAGCAAGGCGGCGGAGGCAGUGGAUCUGGACACCGCCAUUCAACUUGCCUGUCUGGAGAUCAAGCGAGUUUUCAAGCGAAUGAAUGGGUGUGCAAUGGACAAGAAGUCAAACAUUGAACAUUUAGAGAAGGAAGUCGGCCUCCACAAGUUCCUUCCUAACCACGUUCUUAACUCCACCAAGCAGAAGACGGUUAGGAAGGCUCUACAAGGGAGCUUUAAGAAGUAUGCAACGUUCUCUGAUUACGAGUGCCAUUUCAAAUUCCUGGAAAUUCUUGGAAAAGUUAGGAAGUAUGAUGUGGAGAACUUCCGCUGUGCUCUUGGGUGUGGCUGGUCCAUCCCUGUCACUCUACUAGUCGGACCAUCUGUUGGCAUCUCCUACCGCACCGACUCAGCAUCAACCGCCCAGCAUAUGGCGAAUUUUGAGCAGAUACAGAGCGUGGAGACUCUACAGAGCAGUUGUGAGCAGCAUAAGAAGGCUUUAGUGCAGUUUAAGGUGGCAGGCACGACGGAAGCCCUGACUAUAACUUGCCCAUCAAUCGGAGCUGCGGAAAGUUUGGCUGACAUUGUCGAUGGAUAUUGCCGUCUUGCCAACCAAUCUAAUGUGUCUCUUUGGACCGUUUGGGUGAAUCAGUGGAAGACAUUACCAUGUUUUUGUGAAAAGGAAGAGAAUGCCCACUCGCCGAAGAAGGAAGAGGGAGGAGGAGUGGGUGGAGGAGGAGGAGGAGGAGGAGGAGGAGGUGGAGGAGGAGGAGCGAAAAGAAGCAGUGGGCGAAGAAGCGGAGGAGGAGGAGUAGGAGGCGGUGGUGGUGGUGAAGACUAUGCAGAAAUAGUAGAUGAUGAAGGAGACUAUUCUACCCCAGCUAGCCGGGAUUAUGAGCUCAACCGUGCGUCUCUACAAGUAGGCGCUAUUAUAGGUGAAGGCCAGUUUGGAGAUGUUCACAAAGGCCAUUACAGAUUACAAGAUGGUACUCUUCAGCCAGUCGCCAUAAAAACAUGCAAGGAAAUAGAAGAAGAAGGAGGAGGAGGAGGAGGAGGAGGAGGAGGAGGAAGAGGAGGAAGAGCGGAGAAGUUCUUGGAGGAGGCAUACGUGAUGCAGCAGUUUGACCACCCACACAUCAUCAAACUAGUUGGGAUAGUAAGUGGUUCACCAUUCCUGAUAGUUAUGGAGCUUGCUAGACACGGGGAGCUGAGGGCCUUUCUGCAGACAAACCGUGAGAUAUUGGCUCCAUCCACGCUACUUCUCUACACUUUCCAGCUCUCUACGGCGUUGUCUUACCUGGAAAGCAAGAAAUUUGUACAUAGAGAUAUUGCUGCCAGAAAUGUGCUUGUCUCUGCUCACGACUGCGUCAAACUUGGUGACUUUGGACUGUCAAGGUGAGUGGUGGUGGUGGUGGUAGUAGUAGUAGUAGUAGUAGUAGUAGUAGUAGUAGUAGU